GUCCUAGUCAUCACUUAUCAGCAUUGAGUUGGGUAGUUAUAUCGUAGCAUGUGAGUAUAAAGUGGUGCCUAAACCUCUUCUGUGGUUGUAUAUAUAUAUAUAUAUAUAUAUAAGAAUUGCUGUCGCCAAUUCAUUGUAGAAGGAAUUGUGAUUGUAUAAAGAGGUGAUUAAUUCAAAUUAAAGUUGUUGUUCUUUUGGUUCUUUUUGUGUGAUUUUUUUUUUUUUUUUUGUUUGAUAGAUAAAUUAAGAAAAACGGAAAGUACAAAAGAAUAUUUACUAAUACUUUCCUAUAUUUUGAACAAGGUUUUCGCAUUCUCUAUAACUCCUUCCAAGAUCACUUUCUAUAACUAGAAGGGUCUUUUCAUAUUCAUAUCGAAGAGUCUUGACAAAUUCGUCUCCUAUCAUUUUUCUAAAAUAUUAUUAAUUACUCUUUGAAUAAACAUACACGCGUCAUAAAACGAAAAGAGAUCUCGUUGCUUUCCAAGGUUUGUUUAUCUGUUAUAUAAUUCAAUUUGUCUUUGCCGGCUUCUUUAAUUGAUAAAUCAUACUCUCAUAACCAUUGUCCUCUCUUCAUUUUACUUUAUUUUAUUUCCAAUUUUUUAAUAUUGAUUAUCAAAAAUGUCAGGUUCUGUCAACGAAAAUCAAAUCGAAAAAUACCCUUCUAACACAAUAACUCCCGAGGAUACAAAAGAUGAAAAAAAGCUCCCUUUAGAUUCACCAACGACAGCUCCACAGGGUGAACUCUAUGAAUUGGAGCCAAAAAAGGAGGGGUUUUUCGAAAGCAUCAUCAACGAUUUCAAGCCUGCAACAACUACCAGAGGUGACGGUGCGGCCUUAAAAAGAAGUCUCAAAGGAAGACAUAUGCAAAUGAUUGCCAUUGGUGGUGCUAUCGGUACAGGUCUUUUCGUCGGUUCGGGUAGCUCCCUUGCGAAUGGUGGUCCUGCUUCUGUCAUUAUAGAUUAUACCUUAAUUGGUAUCAUGAUGUAUUUUACGGUCUACGCUCUAGGCGAAUUGGCUGUCGCUUAUCCGCUGGCCGGUGGUUUCUACACAUACUGCAUGCGUUUUAUUGACCCGGGUUGGGGCUUCGCUUGCGGUUGGAAUUACUUUCUUAAUUAUUUCGUUACGUUUCCUUUAGAAUUAACCACCUGUGCUAUCACUUUUAAAUAUUGGACAGAGAUAAAUAGUGCUGUUUGGAUUUCCAUUUUUCUUUUUUUAAUUAUCUUCAUCAAUCUCUUUGGAGUUAAAGGUUAUGGUGAAGUCGAGUUCAUCCUGUCGACAAUAAAGGUGAUUGCUACUACCGGGUUUAUUAUUUUGGCAAUCAUUAUCAAUUGUGGUGGUGUUCCUACCGAUCACAGAGGUUACAUUGGUGGUAAAAUUAUUUCGCAUCAACCUUUUCGACACGGUUUCAAAGGCUUUUGCUCUGUCUUCACAACAGCAGCCUUUUCCUUUAGUGGUACCGAAGCUGUUGGUCUAGCGGCUGCUGAGGCCGAGAACCCAAGAAAAUCUUUGCCCCAUGCCACACGUCAAGUUUUCUGGCGUAUCGCAAUCUUCUAUGUUGUUGGCUUGCUUAUGAUAAGUUUACUAGUUAGCCCUGAUGACAGCGAUCUGAUGAAUAACAGCAGUAAUACCAGUGUGUCCCCAUUCGUGCUUGCUAUAAGAGAAGCUGGGAUUAAAGGACUUCCUUCUGUAUUUAAUGCCGUUAUUAUUAUUUCCGUUAUUUCUGUCGCCAAUUCAUGUACUUAUAUUGCAAGCCGUACCUUGCACGCCCUUGCCCUCAACAAGAAUGCACCUUCUUUCUUAACUUAUACUGAUCGAUUGGGUCGUCCAUUAAUGGCCAUGAUUUUGGUUCUUGCAUUUGGAUUCAUCGCUUAUAUCAAUGAAGCCAAAAACAAAAGUACAACAGUAUUCAACUGGUUGCUUGCUGUAUCCGGUCUUUCAAGCUUCUUUUCUUGGGGUAGUAUUAACUUAUGCCAUAUUAUCUUUAGACUCGCCAUGAAAAAGCAAGGUCGUUCUUUGGAUACUCUUGGUUUUGUGUCCCCUAUGGGUAUUUGGGGAUCAUGUAUUGGUUUAGGCUUUAAUAUUUUAUGUUUAAUUGCUCAAUUUUAUGUAUCGCUCUUCCCUGUUGGCGGUAAACCUAAUGCAGCAGGUUUCUUCCAAGGUUAUUUGGCAGCUAUUGUGGUUGUUGUCUUCUUUAUCGGUUACAAGAUUUAUGACAGAACGUAUAUUCGAUCUUUAGCUGACAUUGAUUUGGAUACUGGUUUGCAUACUUUUGAGGAUCUUUCCGAUAACAAUAACGAAAAACCUAGAAAUGCUAAAGGACGUAUAAAACAAGUUCUGAAGAAUGUUUGUUAACUUCCAUGACUGAUUUUUUUUAAGCAAGUGCUAAUCUAAUACCUUUUUUCGCAUACAUUCAUAUCUGAUAAUGAGUGACAAACUCGCAAAUAAUAAAUGUCCUUUGAUUAUGAG